AUGGCUCCACAAUACGCUCCCAGUCUCCGGGCACGGCUGCCACCUGUGGCCCUUCUACUGCAGAUCAGCUUUAUUGUCAUUUUUGCCUUUUGUGUGGAAAUAGAGGAUUAUAAGAAGGUCAAAGAUAAAGCAUUUGUUAAUACAUAUGCAAACUUUCAAGACAUUCAUGUGAUGGUGUUCAUGGGUUUUGGCUUCCUGGCGACGUUCCUGGUCAGGUACGGCUUUAGUGGCUCAGCAUUUAGCAUGCUAGUGGCAGCAAUGGCUGUGCAGUGGGCAACUAUCCUAAAUGGCUUCCUCCUGUCUCGCCAUCACAACUGGAAGAUUCAACUUCAGAUGAAAAGUUUGGUGGAUGCUGAGUUGUGUGCAGCCUCUGCUCUUGUGGCUAUGGGUGCCAUCCAUGGAAGAACCAACCCUGUCCAACUGCUGCUGUUCUCUCUCAUGGAGGUGACAGGGUUUGUGCUAAACAAAUGGUUCAUAAACUCAGUGUUCCAGAAACAAACAAAUCAGCUGUAUGGCAUCACGCUUCUCCACAUCUUUGGAGCUGUGUUUGGUGUGAUGUCAUCAUGGGUGCUUUAUCGUAGUAAGAUGGAGCCACAUCAUGAGAAAGCAAAAUUCAGCAGGAAAUCAGGUCUAUUUGCCAUGCUGGGGACAUUGUUUCUGUGGAUGUUCUGGCCUAGUUUUAACUCUGCGCUGGUUAGGAAAUUCAGUGUGGUGUGUGGUACUUAUCUGUCUUUGGCUGUCAGCACCGUCACGGCAAUGGCUGUCUCUGCGCUGUCCAGUCGUAACGGCAAAAUCAACCCGGUACACAUCCAGAGCUCCAUGCUGGCUGGUGGUGUUGCGGUUGGAGCCAUCACAACUUGGGCACACGUUCCUUGGAUCGCCAUGACCGUCGGAUUUUGUGCUACUAUUUUAUCAACUCUAGGGGUUCGAUACUUGAAGGUUCACAUGCAGUUUGCUUUCGAGUGCUAUGAUACCUGUGGUGUGCUGAGUGUUCAUGCAAUACCAGCAAUUUUGGGAUGGUUCACUCAGCUCUUCAUACAACUGGCCAGUUCCUACAACAUCACAAUUGCUGUUUGGUUUGCAGUAAAUCACAUCUGUGUUUUGCUUAUCACAGUCACUAUGAGUCUGGUUAUGGGCAUCAUUACAGGAUUUCUGAUUAAAUGGAGCUUCUGGAAGUCUCAGCAGGACAGGAAGUGCUAUGAUGACCAAGCCUUCUGGGAGUUCCCACAUUUAGCAGUGCGGAAGUAAGGAGCUGGAUGAGUCAAUAAAGAUUUGUAUGUUUUCUGUGCAUGUUUUCAUUGUUUUGCAUGUAUGAGCUUAAUAAAAUAAAUAAAUAAAUAAAA